AUGUCUCCUCCCGGUUCUCCCCCACAGCACAUCAAGGACCAAGAAGCCACGUCUCAAGCCAGCAACCAAUCUUCUCCUUCCCUCCCCGCCCAAUCUUUCGGAAUGGAGCAAUUGCAUCAUCACCACUCCCAAUCCGCUCACAGUCUCCACCACCCAUCCAGAUCCGCGGGCCAAAUCCCCGAUAUCGAGAGGCUUAAGCUUGAUAGCGGUCCCAUCUCGCCUGUACCAUACACAGCAUCCAGUGCCAAUGCCGGUAUACUCAAACAGCUCGACCAGAGCACCAACGCCAGUAGACUAGCCAGUAGAGCCCCAUCCCGCGCACCCUCCGUCGCAGGCAUUGGCAAGACAGCUGCCAAGCCUGAUUACUCCGAAGCUAAAAUUGUCGUUGCGAUGGUCGGUCUCCCCGCACGAGGCAAGUCGUACCUAUCCAACAAGCUGAUGCGUUAUCUCAAGUGGCUCGAGUACGAUGUCAAGGUGUUUAACGUAGGUCAAUACAGGCGGAAAUUGGCGCGCGAGAAGAAGGCAACGACGGGCGCCCGCGAUGACCAUUCAGCCAGCUUCUUCAACCCUAACAACGCAGACGCGAUGGGGAUGCGCGAGAAGAUGGCCAACGACUGUCUCGAAAAUCUCAUCGAUUGGCUUAAGCAGGGUGGAAACGUCGGUAUACACGACGCUACCAAUUCCACUAUGGAACGCAGACAGAAACUUGCAGAACGUAUUGAAAAAGAACGUGGAAUGCAGAUUAUAUUUAUCGAAUCCGUCUGUGAAGACCCAUCAGUCAUCUCGGCUAACGUCGCUGGGAAAGUCAGCGCAGGCGAUCCAGAUUACAACGGUAUGACACCAGAGCAGGCAGAAGCAGAUUUCAGGAGACGUAUUAGUCAUUACGAGGCUGCUUAUGAGCCAGUCAACGAACCUCAUAUUAGCUACUGCAAGGUUAUCAACGUGGGUGAGAAGGUCGUGUGCAAUCUCAUCAACGGUUACCUCGAGUCGAGGAUCGCAUUCUAUCUAAUGAACCUUCACGUCUCACCAAGGAGCAUCUUCCUCACUAGGCACGGCGAGUCUAUGUUUAAUGUCGAGGGGAGAAUCGGCGGUGAUAGCGACCUCAGUCCUCGUGGUGCAAGGUAUGCGCAAGCACUGCCUAAUCUUGUCAGGGAUAAUGUCGGCAAUGUGCCGCUAACUCUGUGGACUUCGACUCUCAAACGCACCAUCCAGACUGCUUCUAACCUCCCCUACCCGAAACUCACAUGGAAGUCGCUCGAUGAGCUCGACGCGGGUGUGUGCGAUGGGAUGACGUACGAGGAAAUCGAAGAAAACUACCCCGAAGACUACGCGAAUCGAGACGAGGAUAAAUAUAACUACAGGUACAGAGGUGGAGAGAGUUACCGCGAUGUCGUUAUCAGACUCGAGCCAAUCAUAAUGGAGAUGGAGAGACAGAACAACAUACUCGUUAUAGGGCACCAGGCCAUCUUGAGAGCUAUCUAUGGGUAUUUCCAUAACAUUCCUCAGGAGGAAAUACCGUACAUCAAAAUACCGCUGCAUACAGUCAUCAAGCUCACACCUAAAGCGUAUGGAUGUGACGAAGUUAGGUAUCAGCUUCCGAUCGAGGCAGUGGAUACGCACAGGCCUAAGCCUAGUGUGAAAAGGAGUGAUAGUACGGCUAGCAGGUCGAGCAAGGGGGUAUGA